AUGGCGUUGAUACAUGGUUCGAUUUCUGGGACUUCUCCGGUACGAUUGAGCUUUUCAACCUCAGUGCCACCGUCGAGGGUUUCUGUCUUUGUUCCGGCGAUGAAGGGUUUGAGGAAUUCGUGCCGGAUAAUGGUUUUGAGAGCAAUGGUGCAGGAAGCAGUUCAAGGGUCUUCUUCGGUUUACGCUAGAGAAAUGGAGAGGCUUUCUGCUAAAGAAUCAUUGCUUCUCGCAUUGAAGGAUGCUGGAGGCUUUGAGGCUUUAGUUACAGGGAAAACAACGAAUAUGCAAAGGAUUGAUGUGAAUGAGAGGAUAACGAGUCUAGAGCGGCUUAACCCGACUCCCAGACCAACUACGUCUCCUUGUUUCGAAGGCAGAUGGAAUUUUGAGUGGUUUGGGUCUGGAAGCCCUGGUUUACUCGCUGCUCGGGUUAUAUUCGAGAGGUUUCCUUCAACGUUGGCGAAUUUAUCGAGAAUGGAGAUACAGAUCAAGGAUGCUAAUGCAAAGGCGACUGCUAAUAUCAAACUGCUGAACUCGAUAGAAAGUAAAAUCAUUCUAUCAUCGAAACUGACUGUUGAAGGACCUCUGAGACUGAAAGAAGAAUAUAUAGAAGGUAUGCUCGAAUCUCCAACGGUCAUUGAAGAAGCAGUUCCUGAACAGCUUAAAGGCGCAUUGGGUCAAGCCGCCACAACGCUGCAACAGCUUCCUGCUGUUAUCAAGGAUACUUUAGCCAGUGGUCUAAGAAUUCCCCUGAGUGGAUCCUUUGAAAGAUUCUUCAUGAUAUCUUAUCUAGACGAAGAGAUUCUUAUAGUAAGAGAUACUUCAGGAGUGCCUGAAGUUUUAACGAGGUUGGAAACACCAUCAUCAUCGAGCGUUGUAGAAACUCUUGAAUACGAUAGUUAG